AUGGUGAAACUUCCAGAUGAUAUUAUGUUGGAAUGGAAUGGAGAGCAGGUUGUUAGGAGAUUGAUUGAGGAGGUUUUUCCAAGACUUAAAGAUAAUGCAUUUGACAAAGUUUAUAUGAGUCAGAGGGCUUUGAUAUCUCCAAAGAAUGACGUUGUCAAAAAGCUCAAUCAGAAAGUUAUUGAAAUCUUCCCCGGAGCCGAGGUAGUGUAUCACUCCUUUGACACGGUAACAGAUGACCCCAAGAAUUUGUGGACACAAGAUUUUCUCAACACUAUUGCUCCAGGUGGAUUACCUCCUCACAAGCUUAUACUGAAGAUAGGUAUUUGCUCAGGGAUGAGAGUGUUGAUUCCGAGGAUACCCAUGGAGCCUCCAAAAGAGUCGAAAUUUCCUUACACGAAAGCAGUUUCCAGUUCGUGCAAGGGAGUCUCAAGAAUCACAACAAAAGUAUUAGUUAAGAAUGGGGCUCUUCCAGCUGUUAUAGGAACGUUUACCAGAAAUGUUGUUUUUCAAGAGGUCCUGAAAUUAUGUGAUAGUGUUGGGUGA